CUCUGUUAUCAAAAGUUUAUUUAAGUUUAAUGUUGUUUGUUUAAUUAUUUAUAUUAUUAUAAAUAAUUUAUAAGUAAAAAUUAUUGCUAAUCGUAUUGCUGACGGGUAUUAACUUCUGUUACAUUUACAGUCCUCAGAAAAUUUGACGUGAAAAAUUGCACAGUAGGAAAGAUUGAAAGAUGGCCUCUCUCCAAUUAAAGAUCAUAAAUACGUCUCUAAUUUUAAUUUGCUGCUUAAUCCUGAGAAAUAGGGGCUUUAGUAGUGGACCUCCCACCAGCGUAUGCAGAGAUAUGAAACCCCAGCAUGGCAGCAGUCCUCAAACCGCUGCCUCUCCAUUCACUUUGACUUUUAGUUCCAACUGCUAUACCGCUGGACAGAGAUUAACUGUAACACUAGCAGGGCCUCAGUUUGAAGGCUUCUUCGUCCAGGCCAGAGUGGCAGGUUCAACUUUUCCGACCUUUGACACGAAUGGAAAUUCCGAUUAUAAGCUGAUCGGUUGUUCAGGAUCCGGAUCGGCGGUGGGACAUAGCAACAGUGAUCUGAAAGCUAGCGUUACAGUUGGUUACACACCACCAAGACCGUCACCUAAGAGUAAUAUUGAUUUCACUUACACAGUCGUUCAAGAUUACAUCACAUACUGGGUUCAACAAGUAGCAUCUUUGCCCGAAUGCGUUCAACCUACCACAAUUAAUACCACUACUUCUACUACAACCACCACCACAACAACAACUACUACCACUACUACUUCUACUACAACCACCACUACUACAACAACAACAACAACAACAACUACUACUACAACAACUACUACUACUACUACUCCUAGCACUACUACUACGACUACAAGAACUACUACUACUAGUACUACCACAACCACAAUAUCCGUGCCACUGCUGGGCAAUUGUGUGGCCAACGCGGGCAGUGCUAAUUACUGUGCGACCAUCAACAGGAACCAAUGCUACGAUAGCAACAACGUCCAAAUGUGCUGUUACACGUGCGCACUGCACAAAGCUACUUACACGGCAGAACUCAACAGCGUCGGCCGGCAGCCUAAUCCAAAUUGCGAAUACGGUAAUAGGAUUGCCAUUUGUGGUUUCAUAACUCCAAGAUUGUGUGGCAAUGGAUAUUACGCAACUGAGUGUUGUGAGCAGUGCUGAUGCUGAU